CUUCCUCUAGGGCUCACGCGUGAACGUCGACCUUCCUAGCUCUGCCAUCUCUCAUCCAGCGUACCUUGGUCCAAGAUGUCUGCGACUAUUCAGACGUCCCCUAUCUCCUUCGUUCCUUUCAGUUUCAGCGCGACCGGCACAGGUACCACAGAAACCUCAGUGGUGCGCACGACAGCAGCGGUCGCUAGUAGCUCUCCGGGCCCGAGCUCGGCGGACGCUUGGGCUUUGGAGGAAUUGAUGGGUGACAUCACGGAUCUGAAGGUGGCCUCGGCUGCUCUCCUCAUCGGCCUGGUCAUAGCUUCACUCACCUUUGGGAUGGUGUGCACGAAAGCAAUGUCCUAUUUCCGCGGAGAAAAGAAGGGCGGGGCUUUGGUUCUGAUGACGGUCUCCAGCAUGGUGUUCAUCAACUUGAUCCAGUUUAUCGCUACCGUAGCUGCAGCCUACACUUCCUUCGUCAUCGAUUUCGGGAGUUGGGAUGAUUUACUCAGCACUAAAUGGGGUAUCUCGAUCCAAUGGGUCUUGUAGGGCUCGUGACCUCAAUCGCUCACACCUACUUUGCGUUCCGACUGCACUCAGGUAAGUGUUGGGGCGCCCCACAGUCUACAAGUCAUGUGUGUUACCGUUGGUACGCCCCACCCCCUAUCUUUUUGUUAUUGGACUACUCCUUCUCGUCGCCCUCGUGUACACUCCACUCCCCUUCCCGUCCCCGGCGACCUAUGCUUACCUUCCCGUUCCCUCGUCGUCCGCCUGUACACUAUCAUCCCCCGUUCCGCCCCCUGACGACUAUGUUCCUAGCCCCGGUCCUCUCCCUCAAUAUCUC